AUGCCUGAUAACCAGUCGGUACCUUUUGAUGUGAAGGAGCUGCACAUCUUGGCCUGCCCGAAGUCAUGGAAGUUCUGUGUCGUGUGUCGAAAAGCUGUGAAGUUGGAAGGAUAUGAAGCCCAUGAGCACGAGGCUCCAGAAUUUUCAACUCGGUCUGAGACCAUUUUGUUGAAAGCUGUCGAUGUUGAGAAGCAUGAAAGUUCAUGUGGAUCGGAACUGGUUGUGCGGGAGACCUGCCAGCAUGUUGUGCAGACGUUCGACUUACCAAAUCAAGAGCGUAAUUCGAGGCCAGACGAAUUAGAAAUGCCCAUGGCUGAAGAGAUUGAUGUUGCUGGUGCAUGUUCAGCAGAAUGUUCAUCUGCAUCCUUGACUGAUUCUUCGAAAGAAGUCACGGUGCCACUGGUUGCAAUCCUAACAGAAAUGAUUGAGAUCAAUGCUGAUGUUCUCGCCACUGUUAACGAAAUAUUGAGCGAGGUUCAGCAACUUCAGAACACUGCGGAGCGUGUGUUAGAUGCAACAAGAUUUGCUUCAUCUGUGACUUCCAUGACCUGUUUGAUACCACAUCCAAACGCCAGAAGUGCGUCAGUGUUCGUCAACAUCCUCGCUGGAGUUGUUGUUAUUGGGCAAGAGCUGUACCAAGAUUUGAAAUCAGAUAAGUUCAUACUCAAGAUCAAUGAAAAAGUUGAUGAGGAGCAAAAGCGGCUGCUGGAGCUGCAGCGAUUCUGGGGUUUUGACCUGCCUUGUAUACCUAGGCUGACGUUGGUACCAAGGUUUGAAUCCGGAAGAGACGUGUUUGGAUUUUUUGUUGCCCGAACAGCCCGUUUGCAAGCACAGGUCCUUAAACGUUAUCAUUUCGGAGAAUGGUGGGGUUUGAUACAAGCUGUUCUCCAUAAACUGCAAUCCGGUGUGGAAAAACCUGCCAAUUGCAAGACUGAGUUGCUCAAGAUGCUAGAGAAUAUGAGGCAGGAGUAUGUCAUGCACGGAAAGAACCUCUCAGCUUUUCUUGUAUCUUUGGAGGAGCCUUUCCCUGGUGAAGAGCACAUGUUCCUUCUGCAGAUUCUGACAUUCAGGAAGGCGUUGUUCCUUGCAAAAUCUUCGCCCGGCCAGUUUCAUUUGAGGAGGCUCCAAGGCCAGUUUAUGUGAUGCCCUUAUGGAGUUCCAAGCUCCGAAAAAGGUAUCAAUUCGACGAGUGAAUUUCGCUGUGAGGCAUUCUUCAAAUGCAGACAUGUUUUUGCAAAGAGAUAGCUCUGUGAAAGGCCUUGGUGAAAGGCAAGAAGUUUUUGGAAAUAAUGAAGCAAAUGCAGAGAAAUGUGCACCCAAUCCAGUACUCGUGAUACCCCUACGGAGUUCCAAGCUCCAGAAAAGGUAACUAUAGCGUAUUGACUAAUGAAAUUUUCUGUUGAGCCUUCUUUAAACCGCACUGAGAUGUUCUUUGAAGACAUGACACUGUGAAAGGUG